UUGACAGAAGUUCAACCUGGGCAGUCAUCUGGAGGUUUGGCAGAAGGCCGAGAUGAAAGCCUACAUGUCAUUGGUGGAGAAUGUGCUGAAACCGGCAGAGCUAUGGUCAUCUUGGUGUGACGAAGACACGGCAUAUCAGGUUACGAAGCCCCGUUACGGGUCGCCCUACCCCUGGCCGUUGAACAGUCUGCUGGCGCGGAGGAAACAGCGGGCGGUGUGGACCAUCGUCCGGGCUCUGGGCUGGAGGGACAAGACUGCUGAACAGGUGUAUGACGAGGUGAAUCGUUGUUGCCUGGCCCUGUCUAACAGACUCGGCAGCAGUAACUACUUCUUCGGACACCAUCAGCCCAACAAAGCCAUAAACGGAACAAAGGCCCCCUUAAAGAGACAACAAGCGGAGGAGAAGGAACAGGCACCCGAGUCGGAGAGCCAAAAGAAAGCGCCAUCUGAUGGCAACAAGAUGAAAAGCAAGCUGGGCGGAAGACGCAGAUGGCCCAAAAUCUAUGUUGACAAGCAGCAGUCAGUGGAGGAAGUGGAGUUCGUGGAAAAGACGUACGAAGAGGAUCUGGACGGCAUCGUGACGGAGUCGGUCUCCACGUCAAUCGUCGAGCAGAGGCGGGACCAGAAGGACAAGGGAGGCGCCGCCGACUCUCUCCGGGCCGCGCGCAAACCGAACGGGAUCGUCGGCAGAUGGAACCCCGAGGGAGCUGUGGAGAAAAGCAAUCCUGAUGAAAACGCGUCCCUUGUAGGCCGGGAGAACCAGAUCAACUCUGCUGUCAAAGCGGAGAAAGAGUUGCAGGCACAGGCGGGCCAGAAGAAUGUCGUCAAAACGCCACAACACAACGGUUCUGUCGUCAACAAAGACGGAGGCGACGGGGAGGAUCUGGGCGCCCAGAAGACGGCCAACGGCACGGUGUCUCCUCGGCAGAACGGGAAAUACAUCCCGCAGAGCAGUAGGGAUGUGUUCGCUAUGGUACACCAGGAGGAGAGGGACGACGGCACCAAGCCCACGGAGCUGGACGCGCUGGUGUUCGGGCACCUCCACUCCCUCCUGACGCCGGACCUGAGCCACCCCAGACUGCAGCAGGCCGUCCAACAACACGACAACCUCGCCGCCUUCUGCCACAGGGUCGCCAGGAAUGAGGACCCGAUGACGUCACACCAGAAGCCGAGAGUGGUUCGGUACCUCGGAACCCGUCCGACCGGAACGGAGUCGACGUCGCCGAAGAAACCCGAGUCCCUCCGACUGCAGAAGCUGAAGUCGGGCAGCCAGUCAGACUACAUCGAGACGGUCACCGAGGAGAGUUCCAGCAUGUCGUCCGCGGCGUCGCGCAACCCGUCCGAGGACGAGACCACGGCCGAUGGCGGGAAUGUAGAGACCACAGCCGACGGGAAGAGGUCCUUCCAAGUGUUGAGCGUCAAGGGACAAGCUAACCAGCCAUAUUCGCUGCCCAAAACCAGGAAAAAGGAGAGGCGAACCGACAAGCGAAGGCCCCAAACCCACCCACCGGAGGUCGUCCAACGCCUCCUACAGGACCGAGCUGUGAAAAUAACGGACUUGAAGAGCCAGGUGAAGUACUUGAGAGGUAAAAUAAUCGACGUAGAUCACGAGAACGAGCUCUUGAGGGGGGUGUUGAAGAAACAGAAAGCGGCUCUGACUAAUUUUGAGUCGCCCGACAAAUACUUCGCCAAGAUGAUGCAGCAGCACAAGGACGAUGUCAGGGACCUGCGGGGAGAAAUCAGGGAGGAAAACAAGGGACGUGAGCUGGAGAAGGAGAUCAGUGAGAAGAGUCAGCAGCUGUGGGAGGCGAACAGCGAGGUCAGCCGUCUGGAACAGCUCAUCGAGAAACAACUGCCGGAGAUGGAGGAAGGUCGUCGGAGGCUCGCCAGCGCCGAAGACAGGCUACUCCGUACGACUCAAAAACUAUCCACUCUGGAAAACGAGAUAGAAGCAGCCAGUGCGUUUGGCAGAAAGAGAUACGUGGCAGAAGUGGUGAAGCACAGGGAAACACGAGAGUCUGUGACGAUAAUGGAGGAGGAGUGUGAGAAGAUUAGGCUGAGAAUACGUGAGCGCGAAAAGGAGCUGGAAAUUAGGAACAUCUACCACCAAAGGAUACAACAGGCGCGGAACGGCGUCUCCAAAGCAACCACCACGGACGACCUGCGGGAACACGCCAGGCUGUGGCGGGAAGCCGAGGAAAGGGAGCGCAGAGAAGCAGAGGAAAGGAAAAGACAGGAAGAGAAGAAGCGAAAGGAGCUAGAAGAUAUGAAACGCCUGGAGGAAGCCAAAAGACAAGCUGAGAUCGACAAGAAGAAACGGGCCGAAGAGUUAGAGAGGAAGCGACAAGAACAGGAGAGACUGAAACACGAACAGGAAGAGAAGGAAAGAAUGGAAAAAGAACUCAGGGAACUGGAAGAGAGGGAGAGGAAGGAAAGAGAGAAGAAGACACGAGAGGAGCGCAGGAGGAGGGAGAGAGCGGAGAGAGACGCACGGGAGAGGAAACGACGGGAGGAGGAAAGGAUGAAGAAACUUAGAGCCAGGCAGAAAGCGGAAGAAGAUGCCCAGAGGAAAGCUAAGGAAGAAUCCGAGAGAAAGGCCCUGGAAGAGGCCGAGAGAAGAGCCCGGGAAGAAGCCGAGAGACGUGCCCGAGAGGAGGCGGAGAGACUAGCCCGAGAAGAGGCCGAAAGGAAGGCCCGUGAGGAGGCUGAGCGCCAGGCGCGUGAGGAGGCUGAGGAAAAGGUGAAGUACCUCCAAGCACAGCUGAGAAGGGUCGAGACAUUGAUCAAGGAAAAGACAGAGGAGUCGCUGAAGAAGAAACAACACAAAACCAAACGUACCUUCAGAAACUUGCACGCCGGCAUGUCCUCACAAGGGCCCCUCUCAUCAAGUAGGGGCGCCUCGAACAAGACCAAGUAAACCAUGUGAAGAAACCUGGAGAACUAAGAACGUCGUUUGCGAAUGCAAACUGAGAUGAAUGAAACGAGGGCAAUUCUCGACACCCAGCGAAAAUCCUUCACGAUGUGUACGUCUGUACCAGUAUCUGCAAGCCGUACUAGACGUCUAUGGUGUUUCCAAGCUCUCUAUGAAGGGUUUAAAAAGCUGUAUUUAUACAAGAACAUAGUCUACGACUUACAUAGAAAAGUGCAACUGAAAACUACACUAUAGAAUGGUGUGCCAAAAUAGUGUCAAGUCGCCUUUGUGAAGUCAGUAUUGGUACAACCAAGUAACAAAAGUAAAAGGAGCUGCUUGAGUGAAGAUAUGUAUACUUGAAUUGUGAUAAUGUCAAGCACAGCUAGAGCUGCUUUCAAAAGUCUCUAGAAAGUCAAGUGCGAGGGAAAGUGCCAUGUAAGUGUUCAUGUAUUAUAAUAAGUUACCAUGACGUUUUGUUCAACAUGAAAGAAUGUCCUCUA